UUUAACGUGUAACCUAUGACGUGGUGGUAUUAUUGUAAGUCGUUUAAUCAUGGGGAUCCUCGGUCUUGUAACCGAGGUUAUUUGUAACCGGGGUUCUUUCAGAAUGGCUAGGACUCGGGAGAGUAGGCGUUCGCCACAUGGAUAUAACAUAUUUUCCUCCACGCAAGAAAGAAGCACGACCUCAAACAAUGCUCGUAGGUUUCUUUUGGGGGGAAUGCAAACACUUAUAUUGUGUUCGAGACCAGAGAGCGGCUUGAGAGAGCGGAGCAUAUCGCCAGACGCUGCUCUAUGUCACCCUCAAAAAGGCUGGCGUCGCUCUUUAUAGGUCCAGGGAAACGACUGCCCGGUUUAUUUGCGCCUGCGCAGAGCACACACACAAACACAAAAGGGGAGAAUGUUCCGGGUAAACACUGUGGGACGUUUCAUAAGGGUCAGCCCGUACACCGUGCUGUCCUUGAAAGCCUUGUGUGUCCGUCAACAGCACACUAGCAGUGAAUCUGCAGACGGCUACUAUGGCAGUCUGUACCCCGGACAUAUUCCCACCACCGUUCUCCAGAAAGCCCUGUUGGCUGUCGGCUCAGGGGUCGCCGCACUGCAGAAUCCUUACAGGCAUGACAUGGUGGCCGUCCUUGGAGAGACCACAGGGUACCCGGCUCUGAUUCAACUCAGAAACCGAAUGAGAGACGAUCCAGAAGGGGACAUAAUCCUUACAGAAAGGCCAAGAAUCCGUCUGUCUACACUGGACCUGAACAAGAUGGCUUCCCUGCCUGACGGCUCGUUUGGAAGAGAGUACCUCCGAUUUCUUGACGACAAUAAAGUGACGCCAGACUCGCGGGCAGAUGUGAAGUUUGUUGACGAUGAGGAGCUGGCGUAUGUGAUGCAGAGAUACAGAGAGGUGCACGACCUGUUGCACACGAUACUGGGCAUGCCCACCAACAUGCUGGGUGAGGUGGCAGUGAAGUGGUUUGAGGCGGCUCAGACCGGGCUGCCCAUGUGUGUCCUUGGAGCCACACUAGGUCCACUGCGUCUCAGCUCAAGUCGCCUGGGGGCCCUGUUCAGCUCCCUGGGCCCUUGGGCCCUGCAGAACGGCCGGGGGGCCCGCUGUGUGCUCAGCAUCUUCUACGAGCGGCGCUGGGAGCAGAGCCUGGAGGACCUGAGGGGGGAGCUGGGCAUCCAGCCGCCGCCCCUCCUGGGCAGAGCCUCCCCCUGAGCCCCCCCCCCCUUCCCACUUAGGCCUGGGGGCACAUGACCCCUCCAGAUAGGCGUCGACGGACCAGAAACCUCUCUGCUCGAAGUAUGAUUGGUGGGUCUAACAAUGGACGUGAAGGGCUCUUCAGUUGAAACUUCGGACGAAACUCGAGCUGUGUGCUCCGUUACAGAAGGGUAUUUUUGUCGGUCAGUCGUCCUUUAUGAAAGGUGAAGGACAAUUCGGAGAAUUUAACAGAGCAUAGUGAAAUUUGAAAAAAAUGUGUUUUUAAGAUUCAAGGGUUUUAUUGGUCACAUGCAUGAACAUGUUCUGUUUCAGCUUGUUAUUUAUAGAGCUCUACUCAUGGCCAGAACUAUUUAAAGCUGUGCAUUGAAGUUAUGCAUUCAAAUGUUAAGCUUUUGAUUAUUUACUUUUGUUAAUUUUUCUUAUUUUUUCACCCUUGGAAGCUGGGUGCAUCGCUACAACAAAGUCUCUCAUAAAUGUGAAUUAUUAAUCUGCAAAUAUUUGAAGUGAUUAUUCAUUAAAUUUACGUUAAUGAUUGACAAGUCAUGAAUUUGCAGGGUUAACUUAAUGGCUAAAUGUCAUAACAGACAAUAUUGUUCAUUUUCAUGUCGUCCUGGAAUUUAAACGGCUUGUUUGAAUAUAAAACAUCGAAACUUUGACACCCCAA